AUGUGUUUUGAAUUUCCCAACUUGCAGUUUCUGGUUUUUGCAUGCUCAGACUCAAGAGUUUGUCCAUCCCAUAUUUUGGAUUUUCAACCUGGUGAAGCCUUUGUUGUUCGAAACAUUGCCAACAUGGUUCCACCAUAUGACAAGACCAAACAUUCAGGAACUGGAGCUGCCAUUGAAUAUGCCGUCAUACAUUUAAAAGUGGAGAAUAUUGUUGUUAUUGGACACAGCUGUUGUGGAGGUAUAAAGGGUCUCAUGUCCAUCCCAGAUGAUGGGACCAUUGCAAGUGACUUCAUAGAACAUUGGGUCCAAAUUUGUAGUGCAGCAAAGUCCAAAGUUAAAGUAGAAGCAAGUGAAUUAGAUUUCUCUGAGCAGUGUACCAACUUGGAGAAGGAAGCUGUUAACGUGUCUCUUGGGAAUUUACUGACUUAUCCAUUUGUGAGAGAAGCAGUUGUGAAGAAAACAGUGGCUUUAAAAGGUGCACAUUAUGAUUUUGUUAAGGGAGGACUUGAGCUUUGGGAUAUAAACUUCAAAGUUUCAUCCUCGCUGUCCUUUUAA